AGCCUAAGAGGAUAAGAGAAAGUUAAGCAACUACAGGAAAUGGCUUUGGGAGUUCCAAUAUUAGUCUAUCUUUUAUUCAAUGGAGGCUCUUCUGUUAAGGACACUUUUCCCCUUCUAAUACAGCAAUGACAGUACUGGCCAAAGAGGCAGAAGGGACUGCAACACCUCCCAUCACAGCCCAGCAAGGCAACUGGACAGUUAAUGAAACAGAAGCUGACUACAUAGAAGGAUCCAUAGCCUUAAAGUUCUCACACCCUUGCCUGGAAGACCACAAUAGUUACUGCAUCAACGGUGUUUGUGCAUUUCACCAUGAGCUAGAGAAAGCCAUCUGCAGGUGUUUUACUGGUUAUACUGGAGAAAGAUGUGAGCACUUGACCUUAACGUCAUAUGCUGUGGAUCCUUAUGAAAAAUACAUUGCAAUUGGGAUUGGUGUUGGAUUACUAAUAAGUGCUUUUCUUGCUAUUUUCUAUUGCUACAUAAGAAAGAGGUGUCUAAGACUGACCUCGCCUUAUAAUGUCUGUGAUGGAAGGAGACCACUGUGAGACCUUGGUAAGGAAUUUUUCAUCAAGGCAUUUGUAAAAGUCAGUGGGCCCAAAAUUGAAAUCUUCAAAUGAUCAACAGAACUUGCCAAGCUGACUAGACCUGAAAAUAAUAGAAGUUGGGAUCACAAUGAAAUGAGAAGAUAAAAUUCGACAUUGGCCUUCAGACUUUACCAUCAUUAGGGUGCCACGGAAGCCAAGUGAACAAGGCACAAUGACAGAAGUCAAGUUCACAAUCUUCUGUUCUGGGUUUGCUGUUGUUGUGUGGUUAUUGUUCUCUGCAGGGAGACUGAGUUUCAUGCCUCUGACUAUGUCAGAUGUGAAUUUUCAUGGGAAUAAUUAUCAACCUUGCAGCAAGGCAAAAUAAUACCAAGCUUGGAUUCUUCAUGUGCUUGUUACCCGCCAUUUUGGAACACCUAGAUGGAGCCUCUCUAAGGCUAUUUAUUCAAUGGACUAAUCCCUAACAUGCUGCUUUCAUGGUGUUUCAAAUAAUGUGAAGUCAACAUUUAGGAUAAGAUCAAUGUUAUGGCAUGUCCAAUGAACCAAACAUGUGUCUUAAGUCUAAGCCAUUGAAAAGAAAAUGGAAUUUCCAGGGCAAACACAAAUCAUACCCAGCUUGUGACAACACUGUGCAGCUUUUAUAUGUGAAACAUGGAAUAAGCUAAAGACUUUCCGAGGACUGAAAGCUAUCUGGAUAUCAAGUCCGGAACAGGCAAAGCAUUUCUGUUUCUGUAUGAAUGGUAGAACUUUGUGUUGGACUCACUGAUCCCCUAAUGCUUUUGUUCAUUACAUACUCCUAUUAUCAGCUGGAUUACCUCAUGACCAUCCAUUUGGACUGAAAUACUAGAAUUCUCCUGAUGAAUAAAAGUCUACAACUGGCCCUGAAAUAGAAAUUGGAGAAUUGGACAUAGGAAGUUUUUCACUAGCCAUCAGCACAUAGAAACUUUUUUUCUUUUUUUUACCAUUUCUAAACACUUGAUAACAGAUUCGAGCAUGGGGGGCGGGGGGAAUGGAGUCAUUGUAGAAAUAACUAUUUGGAAAUCAGAGUCCUUCCUCUUUAAUUAUAUUUCUGCCAUAUAAUUUGAAUAGUCCUGUGCAGGCUCCUUAAUUUCUUCGGGCUUUGGUUCCAUUUUCUACAAGGCCCUAGUAGUUUUAAAAUUUGACAGAAGAAAACGUUUCCAUAUCUGCACAGCACAUGAGCUUAGCCUCAGCACCUCUAUCCCUAACCCCACCUCUAACUCUCAAACACACCGCUGGAUAUUACCUUAGGUGUAUAUUUUAGU